AUGGAAGGCGGCCACUCCUUACGGUACUUUAGCGGUGACAACGGCGAUCCCCGCGAGUAUCGAAGAUGGAAGCAGUGGGUGCAAAGCAAGAUCAUGACCAUGGAUAAGCUGCCGAAAGCGGCCCAUGGGGCCUUCAUAUUCACCUUGCUGCAGGGCAAGGCGAUGGAGGUCGUGGAGCACCUGAAGGAGGAGGACUACCAGAAGGAAGGUGGAGACAAGGUGUUGCUGUCUCUGCUGGACAAGAGGUGGCCACAGAAGGACAGUGCGGACGAGCUCGGGGAGCACGUUUCGGAGGUGUUCCUUUUGGCUGCCAAGGACGGCGAGACGGUCAGAGAAUGGAGCACGAGAGCCCAGGAGGUUUUCGAUCGGUGUCUUCGGAAGACCGGAGUGACCUUCCCGGAGGAGGCCAAGGGCUGGAUAACCCUGCACCGGAGCGGGCUUACCGAGGAGCAACGAGCAGUUGUCCUGGCCCGUUGCAGCGGUUCCUUGAAGUAUGAUGACGUUGCCCAGGCUAUGCGCUCUUGCUACCCAGAGUACACCGUCUCCAAGCGGCGCGGCGCGACCGCCGCCCACUAUGUCGAGGAUGAAGGGGAAAACUGGUAUGCAGACGACUACGGUGCCGCGGACUACAGCGGCGCAGACGUGAGCUUCAACGACGUGGAGCUCUUCUUAGCAGAGCAUGAUCUACAGGUUCCCGCGGAGGAGCUCGAGGUCUUUCCGGAGAAGGAGGUGGCCGAAGUCCUGGCCACGUCCUGGAAGGACAAAAGGGCUGAGCUGUCACGGUUGCAGAAGGCGCGAAAAUUUUCUGCAGCCAACGAUGUGAAGCGUUCCUUCAGAGUGGAAGUGGAGGAACUGAAGCGGCGAACCCAGUGUCACAGGUGCGGCCGCACAGGCCACUGGGCCCGGGAGUGCCGUCUCCCGCGGGCCUCGGCAGCCACCGGCGCGAGUGCGUCUUCCUCGUCCCACGCGGCGUCGGGAGCAGGACUUGUGCAACAGCUACCAGAUUUCAUCUGUAUGGUGACCACCAGUGUGGGUGCUGUGGAGAUUGACGUCCCGAUGCUGGAUCAGCUGCGGGCGAGGCGCCUCAGCACAGAGAGCGCCGUGCAUCUUGUGUCAAGUCCCGGCUUUGCUGUGCUUGACUCCGGUUGUGGCCGGAGCGUGAUCGGAGCUGACACGCUCGAGCAGUUCAAGAAGCUGUGGAAGGAGGCCGGCUUGGGACCGGCAGUGGAACACCCGGAGCAAAACAGCUUCCGGUUUGGGAAUGGAAGCCUGGAGGUCUCGAACAAGGCGGUUGAGAUCCCGGAUCAGCUUGUGUUGUUCGACGAGGGCAUCCGUAUUACCUUGAAGGUGAAUGAGGCCGGGCAGUAUGUACUUCCUGUCCUCGGGCAGCACGGCGGCGACCAUGCCGAGAUCACCGGCCCCGCGGUGAUAGCGCCGCCGGGCCCCUCACCUGCUGUGGAGCAGCCUGCUGUGCCUCCUAUGCCGGCGACCUGCAGACCGCAACGUUUGCUCGACACCAUGCGGCAGCAUCGGCUUCUGUGUGGGUGUAUCGCCGACGCUGCCCAGAUACAGCUUGCAAACGGUGGUCACCUUGUGUUUGAGCCGCCUGCCAGUGUGGAUCUCUGGAAGUUUCCGAAGCUUGCUGCCCUAGCCAAUCGCAUGUUCAAGGUAUCUGUGGAAAUGUGUGCUUAUGGUUUGACACUGCCAGAUCACUGUCCUGUGCAGAAGCGGGUUUCGCUUCUAGUGUCACAUGCGCACAUGCGCUCCUUGAACAGACCCUGUCCGGGCCAUGCGUCUCAUCAGCCAUCCUUCGGGUAUCACACCCGGUAUGGAUCUAUGGAGCGUUUUGCUACGCAGCAUCCAGUGGGAUUCCUUAGAGCGGUUCUUAGGACGGUCAAGGGUUUGGCUAAGUCUGAGGUGAUGUUAGUUCAAACGCUCCCGGACAAGGAAUGUCUUGUUGCAGCACGCGUGCAGCAGAUGAACGGCGAGAAGCGUGAGCAAAUGAUGAAAACUCUGCUGAGGCUGCAUGUGAAUCUUGGACAUCCGUCCUGUGCCAAUGUGGCCAGAGUCUUGAAGCAUGGCGGCGCAAGCCAGGAAGCAAUCAACUUGGCCCGAGAAGUGCAGUGCGAUGUGUGUCGGGCCCAAAAGCCCCCGACAUCGCCACCUCCCGCGCAGACUCAUAGGGCAGAGCAUUUCAAUCAGCGUGUCGGACUGGAUGUGAAGUAUCUUCAGGGUUGGCAGCCUAGCCAAAAGGUUCCUUGCUUGAAUAUCGUGGACUAA